UCAUUUUAUCUUGAAUAAAUUCGAUCAUUUUCGUUGUGAAUACGUUGUAUUUGCUAUCAAGAUGGCGCCGCGCUACAUCAGGUGACCUUGUUUUCCUAUUUUUUCCUCUUGACCAACGUUGGUACAGAAAUGCGGAAGUUAUGUUCUCGCGAAAGUGCAUUGGCUCAUUUGAACUUCGGAAGAGAAAACGUUGCCCGCUAUUGGCGUGGAUGAUGUGGCAGUCAAAUUCAUGAUACUUUAGUAUCCACGUCUGAGUUUUAGUGGUUGAUAACGUGAAUACAGCAGGCUUUGUCGGAGCUGUUUGUAAAAGUAAAACUUGUUAGUAUGUCACCACAAUCGAACAAACGCUACUCACAGUAUCCCGUUGUUAACGCCAUUGGCUAUAUUGUUUCAUGUGGCCGCUGAAGGCUGCACUAUGCUACCCUAACGUAAUUUUGCUACAUGCUAUGUUACAGGUUACUUUUUAUGGAAGUUAAACAUUUGGCAGGAUUUUGUGACGAGUUCCUAGGCCUAUAUAUCAGGCAUGUGCUGGUUUUGUUGUAUUUAUUUGUGAAUGAUAGAGCAGUAGGCCUAGAACGCUAUAGCAUAGUAUGACAGAUAAAGUUAUAAAGAAUUCAGUCAUUUUGGUAAUCGAAGCAAGCCCCUAAAUACAUAAGCAUAAACUACGACGAUAGUCUGUAUCUUGUGAUAAUUUCGCCUUUUAACCGUCAGGUGUUCACUGUUAGUUGCAGAUCAAUACACCCUGAUCAUCACGAUAGACUAAUGUGGGCCGUGAACCAAACAGCGAACCAACCAAACCCCACCCAAUCCCAAAUGUUUCGCUCAUUGGUAGACCAAGUCGUUGAUGGCAUGUUUGCUUUCUAUAAGGCGCAUGUAAUUGGUUAGUGGUGACGACAAUCCCACACCCAACUCCCACCUACCGGGAGAUCAAGUUUGGGAGACUUGCAGGAGCUAGUUGUGAAGGGGGCUGUAGCUGCAUGCAGCCAAGACUCAAGUCCAACUGCGCCCAUUGGGUUACUAAAUCAGUAAUCUAGGUCUCUCAAGAUGGAUAUGAAGAAAAGAAUUCACCUGGAGUUGCGGAAUCGAACGCCAUCAGACGUUAAAGAGCUUGUCCUUGAUAAUUGUCGGUCAAAUGAAGGUAAAAUCGAGGGCUUAACAGAUGAAUUUGAAGAGCUUGAAUUCCUAAGCACAAUCAACGUUGGCUUGACAUCUGUCGCUAAUUUACCAAAACUAAAUAAACUCAAAAAGCUUGAGCUCAGCGAUAACAGAAUCUCAGGAGGGUUGGAAGUACUAUCAGAGAAAUGCCCAAACUUAACACAUCUCAACCUCAGCGGCAACAAAAUCAAAGACCUCAGUACUAUUGAGCCCCUGAAAUUGGAAAGCCUUAAAAGCUUAGACCUGUUCAAUUGUGAGGUGACAAACCUAAACGAUUACAGGGACAAUGUAUUCAAACUACUCCCACAGUUAACAUAUUUAGAUGGGUAUGAUAAAGACGACAAGGAAGCACCUGACUCUGAUGCAGAAGCAUAUGUAGAGGGACUGGAUGAUGAUGACGAUGACGAUGAUGAUGAUGAAGUAGACGAGGAAGAUUAUGAUGAGGAUGCAGCUCCAGGGGACGAUGAUGAUGAGGAUGGUGAAGAAGAUGAAGAUGAAGACGGAGAGGAAGGAGAAGAGGGAGAGGAAGAGGAUGAUGUCAGUGGAGAGGAGGAGGAGGAGUUGAAUGAUGGUGAAGUAGAUGAUGAUGAGGACGAGGAGGAAGAAGAGGAACGGGGUCAGAAAAGAAAAAGGGAACUUGACGAAGAGGGGGAAGAGGACGACUGAAGCUAUUAUCUGGGCACCCUUAUUUGUGAUCCAACUAUUUUAACCCCAUAUGUGUCUGUCGCUAAGUCACACUGUUUUGUUGCCGUGGCAGCGGGAGGAAUUAAAAUGGCGUGGGAUUGGUUGUGGAAACAGGGAAUCUGUUGUAUUUCCUCCUCUUUUGUACCUUGAAUCAGUUGCUUUUGGUAAUUCCAAACUUUCUCAAAGAUGGUUAUGGAAUUUUGUUUUGUUAAAAAAAAGAAGCUUGUUUAAAAACCUUACCCACUAUGUUCAGUUUUCAUUAUCAAUGCCUAAAAUGUGUAUACUGUUUUCUGGUGGUGAUAUUUAAGAUUAAAAAACACAUUUUUUUUAAAAGCGGUGCAUGUCUGACUAUUUUAAAGAUGACUACUGUAUUUUAACGAGGAUUUUCUUACCCACUCUUUGUCAUUGUUGUCUUUUUAUUUGUGUGGUUUGAGUUUUUAUGAUGUCAUCAUGUAUGUGUAGCACAGAGAUGCACAACCACAUACACGUUACCAGCUCCAAACGUGAUUUCUGUUCUAUUGGAUUUUGAGCUCAAUGUCUGCCCUUGUCAGAUGAAGUCCUAAGCAUGGAUAGUCAAUAGGUUUCAUGUUCUUUGUAAAUAAUGACCAAAUAUAUUUUUUUCUAUUACCUCUGAUAAUGGCAGACAUUAAAUAAGCAUUUUCUGUGUAUCCAUUAACUGUAAUAAAAUGGAAAAAGCA